AUUGGACACCAUCAAAUACUUGAAUUCGUACCGAAACAACAAGAAACGAGCUCAAUGUAAUCAAAUACAAACUGAUGACGAAGAUAUUAAAAACCAACCGUAAUCAGAUCUAUAGAUUCCUUUCAAGACUUAAGAGUUAGUAAGUAAAUUGAUUUACACUCACUCGUCAUAGAGGUGUUGGAAGACAUUGGAUAUUCAACAGUAGUGGUUGAUUUGAGCUUAGUCGAAUGACGGAGUUCUGGAUAAUAUCUGUACCUGGGGAGCGGGAUCCAAAUCAGGUGUAUCAGCGUCUUCAAACCACAUUGUCUAAAUAUAAGGAUAUCUGCUCGCAGAUCAACAAAUUCAAUAUUCCUCCUGACUUCAAGGUGGGAACGCUGGAUAUUCUAGUGGGUCUUUCUGAUGAGCUGUCAAAAUUAGAUGUGUAUGCUGAGAGUAUUACCAAGAAAGUUGCCCAGUACAUGGGCGAUGUACUCGAAGAACAAAAACACAAGUUGGAAGACAACUUGACGGUAAAUGGACUUUCUCCUGCCGCGUUCCUCACCAAAUUCCAGUGGGAUUAUGCUAAAUAUCCAGUCAAACAAACGUUAAGUUCACUAUAUGCUAUUAUAUCAGAGCAACUUACUAAAAUAGAUUCGGAUUUAAAAGCAAAGUCUCAGUCAUAUAAUACCUUAAAAGGUUGUCUUCAAAAUCUAGAACGAAAGCAGACGGGUAGUCUCUUAACACGCGAGCUUGGAGAUAUUGUGAAGCGAGAACAAUUUAUUGUUGAUUCGGAAUACCUAACUACUCUAGUUGUUGUUGUUCCAAAGAAUAUGUAUAAUGAUUGGAAAUCUAAUUAUGAAAGAAUGACAGAUAUGAUCGUUCCUAAAUCGUCUGAACUUAUUUUUGAAGAUCAAGAUAAUGGCCUGUGGACUGUUACGCUCUUCAAAAAAAUGACGGAUGAUUUUAAAACUCAGGCUCGUGAAUUUAGGUUUGUUGUACGUGAUUUUACUUAUGAUGAGAAGAAAAUUGAGGAAAGUAGGAAUGAGCUGUCGAAACUUGAGUCCGAUAAGAAAAGACAGUUUGCACCCCUGUUUCGUUGGUUGAAAGUUAAUUUUGGUGAGGCUUUUUCUGCUAUGGUUCAUAUUAAAGCCCUCCGGGUAUUUGUUGAGUCAGUUUUAAGAUAUGGAUUGCCGGUUGACUUUCAAGCGAUACUCCUUGAGCCAAACAAAAAGCAGCAAAAGAAAUUAAGAGAUAUACUAAAACAACUUUACAACCAUCUGGAUGGAUCGUCUUCAAGCUCCGUCUUAGAUGAAGAUAUGAAUGUUGGGAGUUUCGGGGCUUCAUCGGACUAUUUUCCUUAUGUUUCAUUUAAAGUCGAGCUAAAUAUGAUAGAUGUGCGUUAAUGGUCAGGGAUAAACUAGUUCUGCAGCUCAUUCCAUUGUAUUGAUGUGAUAAUGCAAUCAAUAAAAUGAAAAAAAGCAUAAUAUACUUUAGAAUUUUCUCUUUUUAGCAUUUCUCUUUUUCUCUAUCCUUGUUAGUUGAUAUUUUCACAAACACUUGAUUUACUUGGCCGGCAUAUAUAUAUAUAUAUAUAUAUAUAUACCUUAUAAUCUGUCUUAAUACAUUGGAAUAAAAAUCAUUUUAUUUUCAAAAUACCUUAAUUAUUGUUCUAUUUAAAUACAAUGUAUUGAAGCAGCAA